CACAAAACGCGCAGACAUGCAUGCACGCUGAGCGGGUCUUCCUCCUCUGACCUUUUCCUUUCUGCUCCGUAUCAUCCUCAUCCAGAAAAAGUCUCGGUUUGUUUGCAGUCCGUACAAACAAAUGGCAAUUUCUCAGCCUUUUUUCUACAUUGCUACAAAUUAGCAACCUGCUGGUACUUUUUCUGUAAUUUUCUGAAAAGUUUUUCAAGUUUUCCGUUUUGGAUUGUUCUAGAGCAGUGAAAAAACAAAACUGUAGCGUAGCGGUAGCCUAUAUUAUAAUGACGGGAAAAGGCGGCACAGGUCAAGCAUGCGCUGCAUGCAAAUACCAGAGAAGAAAAUGCUCGCCUGACUGCCCGCUUGCGCCCUAUUUUCCGCCGGAUCAGCCCAAACAGUUUCUCAAUGUGCACAAACUGUUUGGAGUGAGCAACAUUUUGCGUAUACUGAGACAAGUCAAUGAUACCCAAAAGAGCGACGCCAUGAAAUCUAUCAUUUACCAGGCAAAUGCCCGAGAGAAGGAUCCUGUUCAUGGGUGUUUUGGGAUCAUUGUAUUGUUGCAUGCACAGGUUGAAAGGCUGAAAGAAGAGCUUGAGAUUGUGAGGAGUCAGUUGAUGGUUUGUGAGCAGCAGAAUCAGAAAGGUGGUUUGAUGCAGCAGCAAAUUCAGCCUGUGGGUGGUCAUGUGCCUCUGUCAUAUCAGCAUACACCAAUGCCUGCAUCCCCAGCGGCUUGGGCUUACCCUUAUGUUCAGCAUUCUCCUUGUGAGGGACACCAGCUUUAUCCUCAAACAAAUUAUGAUUUUGUUAGACCCAAUAACAAGUUUUUUGAAUAUGAAGAGAGGCACCAGCCCUACAGUGAGUCUAAGGAGGCAUAUGAAUCCAGUGUAGAGUCUUCUUUGAAAGAAAUGCAGUGCUUGGAUCAGAUAGCAGACCAUGAGCUCAAAUCAUCGUAUCAGGUAGCAGACCAUGAGCUCAAAAGUGCAGCUGCUUUAUUUACCCUCACCAAUCACUACUAGCCAUGUCAUUAGAUCAUAUGCCCAACGAUUUUUUUAAUGUAAUAGCAUAUAUUAUUAGAGUAUGCAGCAAAUAUGUAUUCUUAUAAAGUUGUUGAAUGUUUUUUGGUAUCUACACUUCAACAAAAUGUCAUGCACACUUUUAUUUUAUCACUGGUAGGGGUGUAAAGAAAGAGUUUUGCUUACUUCAUGUAAUCAUUUGAUAUGAGAUACCAGCAAUUCAUGCAUGAUUA